AUGGCUACCCCUAGUGUCCUAGCUUUUGACGCUGAGGGUCGCGCCAUUGACUUUGAGGUCUGGUUAGACGACCUGCAGCUGUUCUUACAGUGCGACAGGGCUGACGACCUUUCUCUCUUUGAACUCACCUCUGGCGCCUCUCCUGCUCCUGCUGCUGAUGCUGAUCCCGCUGUCCGCUCUAAGUGGGCCACCCGCGAUGCUGCUGCACGUCUUGCUGUGCGUCGCCACCUCCCUACCUCUGAGCGUGCGCACUUUAGUCAGUACAAGAGUGCUCAGACCUUGUACGACGCUGUAGUUGCGCGCUACUCCUCCCCUGCCACAGCUGCACUGAGCCGUCUCAUGCUUCCCUACCUCUUUCCUGACCUCUCUGCCUUUCCCACUGUCGCUGACCUCAUUACGCACCUCCGCACUAGUGACACUCGCUACCGCGCCGCCCUUCCUGCUGAGUUCUGCGCUAAGAACCCCCCCCCCCCCAUGUACAUCGCUCUCUACUACGUAGUCGCGCGCCUCCCUGACUCCCUUCGAGUCGUCAGGGACCACUUUCUCGCAGUCUGUCCCACCACCCUCACCGUCGACCUCCUCGAGAAGGCCCUCCUCGCAGCGGAGAAGAGCAUAGUCGCUGUAGGUGCUUCUCGUGGUGACCCUCGCACCCCCAUCUUUGAGGGGUGCUCUCCUUCCCCCUUGCUGCCCUCUGUUGCCUCUGCUGCUGCUGCCGACCUGCUUGGUCUUGAGUCGGUCGGCGCGGCGUCCGCCCCUAGUGGGAGACGUCGCUCCAGCAAGGGCAAGGGGGGCAAGGGCGCGGGUGGAGCUGGAGGGGGCGGUGGCGGUGGCGGCGGUGGCGGCGGAGGGAGUGGGGGUGGCGGCGGGACUAGUGGAGGGGGUGGUGGUGGUGGUGGCAGCAGCGGCGGAGACGGUGGUGGUGGUGCCAGCGGUGGUGGUGGAGGCAGCGGCGGAGGUGGAGGCAGCGGAGGUGGAGGCGGUGGAGGCGGCAGCAGAGGAGGCAGUGGUGGUGGAGGGGGUGGAGCUAGUCGGGGUGGUACCCAGCAGCGUAGCGGCGGUGGUGGUGGCCAGCGCUCGCAGCGGCAGCAGCAGGAGCGCUCUCGGGACAUCCCUUCGCCUCAGCAGCUUCGUGAGUGGUACGCUGGGCGUCAGAGGGGUGGGGGUACUGGUCCCUGCACCUACGUUCUUCGUUCCGGCGACCGCGCGGGUGAGCAGUGUGGGGGUGCCCACGCCACCCAGCGCUGCUUUGGCUGCCUGACGGACGCCUGGCGUCAGCAGUUCCCUGGGGCUAGUGAGAUCCCUCGCUGGGAUGAGCUUCUCAGGGCUGGUGUAGCGAUCUUUGAUCUUGACUUUGAUGCUAUCCUUACUGCUAUGUAUGUUGUGGAUUAUAGUGAGGAGAAUGAGGGUUACCGCUGUUUCCAGCCCGACCCGGGCAUUGGUACUGCUGCGCUAGGUGCUUGUGAGGCUGCUGCUCUAGGUGCCAGUGCGUCUGCGCUCUCAGGUACUGGUGAGACUGCGCUCUCAGGUACUGAGUCGUCCUCGUCCUCCCUCACUUUCACACUUGACUCCGAAGCUUCUCGCUCCUUCUUUCGAGACCGCACUACCCUUACGCCGCUCGGCCGGCCGGUUGCAGUCUCCCUUGCUGACCCCUCUGGGGGUCCUGUCCUGUCUCACUUCUCCACUGUCCUCCCGUGUCCGGCUGCCCCUUCGGGCACCCUGUCUGGUCUGUACCUUCCCUCGUUCUCUACGAACUUGGUGAGUGGAGCGGACCUGCAGGAUGUGGGUGUUCACCAGUUCACUCCUGCGAGUCAGCGGGUGACCCACUGCACGGAGGCACGCACAGGCCGACACCUGGCCACGUUCUCGCGUCGGCCGGGGUCGAGUCUCUACACCCUGACCGUUGAGUCUCCUCCUGUCCCUGCGUCUGGUCAGGUGGCUGCGUCGGGUCAGGUACUUGCUGCUGCGUCCCGGUCAGGUCCUGAGUCUGCCCCCUGUUCUUGUCGCCUCCUGUCUCACGAGACUCUCCUGUGGCACCACCGUCUUGGCCACCCCUCCUUGCCCCGUCUUCGGAGCAUGGCUUCCCGUGUCCUCGUCUCUGGUCUUCCCCAGUCUCUCCCUCCUCUCCCCUCCGGGCCAGGACCUUCCUGUGUCCCCUGUGUCGAGGGUCGCCUCCGGGCUACUCCUCACUCCUCCCACUUCCCCCCGACAGAGGCUCCCCUGCAGACGCUUCACAUGGAUGUGUGGGGCCCAGCCACCGUCCGUGGGCAGGGUUACGAGCGCUACUUCCUGUUGGUGGUUGACGACUACUCGCGUUACACCACAGUCCUCCCCUUGCGCAGCAAGGGUGCGGUCACUGAGGUGCUGAUCGACUGGAUCCGCGAGGCUCGUCUCCAGCUCAGGCAGAGCUUCGGCUCGGACUUUCCUGUUCUGCGUCUGCACUCUGACAGAGGCGGAGAGUUCUCUUCUCGCCUUCUGCGGGACUACUGUCGUGCACGGGGGAUCCGCCAGACCUUCACGCUUCCGGACUCACCACAGCAAAAUGGGAUUGCUGAGCGCCGCAUUGGCAUGGUCAUGGAUGUCGCUCGUACGUCCAUGAUGCAUGCGGCUGCCCCUCAUUUUCUGUGGCCGUUUGCGGUGAGGUACGCGGCGCAUCAGCUCAACCUUCACCCCCGGGUCUCUCGGCCUGCGAUGUCCCCAGCCUUGCUGUGGACGGGGAAGGUUGGGGAUGCGUCUGUGUUCCGUGUCUGGGGAUCUCGGGCGUUUGUCCGCGACUUGUCUGCGGACAAGCUGUCCCCUCGUGCUGCUCCCUGUGUCUUCCUUGGCUUCCCCACUGACGCCCCAGGGUGGCAGUUUUACCACCCCUCCUCUCGUCGUGUUCUGUCCUCCCAGGACGUCACGUUCGACGAGUCAGUCCCCUUCUACCGUCUCUUCCCCUACCGCACUCCUUCCCUCCCCCCUCCCCCGGACUUCCUUGUGCCGGUUCCCCCCCCGGUAGACCCCCUCCCCCCUCAGGUUCCUGCCCCCUCAGGUGUGUCCCAGGUAGACGCCGUUGACCCGGUCGAGGUUACUGGUGACUCUGGUGCUGCUGCGGGUGCUGAGCCUGGGGGUGCUGCCUCUGGGGGUGCUGUGCGCGGGGGUGCUGAGCCUGGGGGUGCUGGGCCUGGGGGUGCUACUGCGGAGGGUGCGGAGCCUGGGGGUGCUGAGCCGGGGGGUGCUGUGCCUGGAGGUGCUGGGUCUAGGGGUGGUGGGUCGGGAGCUGCUGAGCCUCGGGGUACUGAGCUGGGAGCUGCUGAGCCUGGGGGUGCUGCGUCUGGAGCUGCUGAGCCUGGGGUUUCUCCUGCUGCUGCGCGUGCUGCUGGAGCUGGAGCUGGAGCUUCUUCGACCGUCGAGGGUGCGAGUGCUGCCGGUCCCGGAGCUGCUGGACCUGUGGGUCCUCUUGGAGCUGGAGCUGCUGAGGGCGUCGGUGCUGAGCCUACUACUGUUGGUCCUGCCGCUGGAGGUGUGGGUGGCGCUGGUGCUGUCGCUGAGGGUGCUGGUGCUGUCCCUGCUGAGUCUGGAGCUGCCGCGCGGCCUCGGCCGUACUUCGUUCCGCUCCUGCAGCAGGUUCUUGGUCUUUCUCCUCCACUAGAGGGUCCACCGCCUGUCCAGUCGCAGUCUCUGCUGGAGCCUUCCUCUAUGCCUGCUCCCUCUCCUUACACUGGUCCUACUGGAGGUCUUGCUGAGCGUCGUGAGCCUGCGUCUCGUCCCGCGUCGCCUGUUCGUGCUGCUCGCGCUAGUGGUCGCAGUUCGCGUCAGCGUCCUCCUCCUGUCCCUGGCACGCACCGGAUGUCUUUGCGUCCGUCCACUGCUCCUCUGCGUGCCCCUUUGCCUUCUCCUCCUGAGUCCUCUCUUCCUGCGCUUGCCGACCCUGAGUCGGACUCUCUUCGUGCUGCCUGUCCUACUGUCACGCGUCUGCUUGCUACUGUCGUCACUGACCCCUCUUUUGAGUCCACUGCUGCGUCUGCUCUAGUCGCUGAGCUCGUCGACUUUGCUGCUCGCUGUCGUCUCGACUACGCUGCCAGUCUUGUUGCUGAGUCUGCGUCUGUCUGUCCUCCGUCCGUCAGGGGUGAGUGUGCUCUUGGCACGGACGUCCUAGAGGACAGGCAGGAGGAGCUACAGUGUCUUGCGGCUGCUUCACCUCAUCUCGCGUCUGUACUACUUGCCCCUGAGGGAGACCCGGAUGCACUAGACAUCCCGACUCCGCGUUCUUACGCGGAGGCCGUAGAGGGUCCCUACUCCUCUCAGUGGCAGGCAGCUAUGGAUGCAGAGAUGGCUUCCUGGAAGUCCACGGGCACCUACGUUGACGCGGUUCCCCCUCCUGGGACGAACAUCGUCAGUGGCAUGUGGAUCUUCAGGGUGAAGCGGCCGCCGGGCUCUCCACCUGUCUUCAAGGCACGGUACGUUGCUCGUGGCUUCAGACAGCGGCAGGGAGUUGACUACUUUCAGACUUUCUCUCCCACCCCGAAGAUGACUACUCUUCGGGUUCUGCUGCACAUAGCCGCUCAGCGCGACUACGAGCUUCACUCUCUCGACUUCAGUACUGCGUUCUUGCAGGUGGAGCCUCCGACGGCCAGUCUACGGUCUCCGCCAGGCACCGCGUGA